AUGCGCAUAACUCUUCUAUUCUUAAUCUUGCUACUGGUACUCUCCUGCAUCUGUACAUGUGCAACAGCAGAGAGGAUGGCACUGCCGGUGCCACGUGUGGGUGGAUACGCUACAGAGGCAAAGGGAAAAGGGACGAAAGGUACAAACGGAAACGAACCGUGGAAUAACGGUCAAUUCACUACCACCACACCAUCCCUCAGUAUGAGUGAGUCCAUGAGUGCCUCUGCCACUCUUCCUCUCACUGACACCACUACUGUUGCCCCACCAGCAGCAGAUCAACAGACUACAGGAACAACAGAGGAACGGCCCGCCACUGCUGAGGAGUCGACUACGACGAGCACCGCAGCACCGAAGAAGAAGAAGAAGGACGGCGGCCGCGGCCCUGAGUGG